CGAAACAUACGAGCAGUCUCAUUUUCGCGACCAAACCCUUGUCUGAAUUAGCAGGAAUGGAAAAGAACAUGUGUGAGAAAGAUGAAGAUGGGACGCGGAAUGUUCCGUCGUUGGUUGACUUAUGUGUCCAAAUUGCUAUCGACAACGUGGAUUGUCUAGGAGAUGUUGGGGAGAUCGACGGAAAGCUUUUGGAACGAAUAUUACCCCAUUGUAGUGUUGAACAGCUACAAUAUGUUGAGGACUCCACUCAAGGAAGAGACCUUAGUCCAGUAACGGACAAAAUUUGGAAACGUUUCUACCAGAUGAAUUUCGGUGAGGAGAGCUAUGAAGAAGUGGUUCGUAGAAUGAACAGUAGUAAUGUAACAUUUACAUGGAAAAAACUGUACGAGGAGAAGUUGGAGGAAGUGAAAGCGGCUCUGCAGAGGUUAAUUGAGGGAGUUAUGCGACAGUAUAUGAACGGAUCUGCUCGAGCUGCUUAAAGUUGGGCAUAUCUUUCAGCAAACUCUUCAGUCUUUAAGUUUCUUUCGUUCAUCCGUGGCAGCUGAUAGUCAGCUACUACAAUUUGUAGAGAAACUUUUCGUAUCAGACUGCUUGUUCAGGUCUUUUGUUCCUCCAUUCAGUGGAAACUUUUCAAGUGUAGCUCAUGUUACAUGUAUACAUUUGUAAACCUAUUUGAAGCCUGCAGUUAAUAAACCUGUACCAGUAUGCUCUUGUUAUGAGAUAUUUAUGGAGUUUUUUUUA